AUCGCCAUUUUUCUAACUGUACUUGUAACUUACUUCACGUAUCUCAUGUGUUUCUGUUUGCGCGAAAAACGUGUAGAACGGAAUGAAAUAAAUGUGAAGAGCAACGAAAUUUUACGAAGAUACAAUUGCAUAAAAUAUUAUAGUAAAACAUGAAAGUAAUUGUCGCAACUGUGUAGUUAUAUUUUAUAAGCUAAAAAGCUAGGAAAUGGCAGAAAUUUCGAAUUCCACUGUGUUUACAAACGAUGCAUCUUCUACUGGUGCUUCCGAUCUUCUUCAACAAGCGUUCCAACAAGUUGUUGACGAUGAUGAUCAGAACAAUGAAUUCGUCGCAUUUUUACAAAAUGACGACAAUGAUUCUCAAACCAUUCACUUGACUCCGGAACAGGCAGCGGCCUUAGGGUUAACUUUCGAGGUAAAUUCGGGUGAGGAGGUUAUGUAUCAACAGGAUCAAGAUAAUACCAUUUCAACUCUACAACAGAAUGUUUCAACAAAGAAUAACAUUAAUAUACAGGACCAAAAUUCGUUAUCUUCUCAAGAUUCUAUGACAAUUGAUCAGUUAAAUUAUCAACCAGAAGAAGUACACAAGUCUAAUGUUAAUGAAUUGAUUAAAACAGAAUGUAUUGAUUUCCAAGAAUGGCAUAUGCAAAAAGUGCCCGAUAAUGAACAUCUUCAAGUUCAAAAAUUUGAUAAUGAUUUAUCAUUAGAAGAAGUAAGCUUACAUGAUCAAAAUCAUGAAACUCAAUUGAUUGAACAUCAAAAUAAUAUGAUUCAACAGAAUUCAGGUACACAGACAAUAGUUUUAGAACAAUCUAAGGUACAUGCAGUAAAGACAGAUGUUGCACACAUUAAAAAUAUUCAUGAGAAUGAUUUACAAUAUACUAUUGAAGACAGCGUAGCACAAAAUCAACUUAAUACAAUACCUAAUUCUCAGGCACAAAUCUUACAGAAACUGCCUGUGAUUUUACCAUCUUCACAAUUUAUUAUAAAACCUGCACAAACUAUACUCAAGCCAGCUAAAAAUAUUAGAUUAUUUCAAGGUUCAAACAAACUUACUAAUGCCACUGUUAAUCCUAUUAGUACUGUACAUUCGCUUAAUGCCAAUUCUAAUCCUAAUUCUGUGUUACUUUCAAAGGCAACUAUAUUAAAUAACUUGUCCCCACAAAUAAUAAAAGCCACUCCCAUAACAGCUCAGUUAUUAAAUACCAGUGGUAUAUCUGCACAGCUUUUGAACACUUCUCAGAUAAUAACGGGUACUUGUGAAAUACAGAAUCAGUCUGUCAGUACACCGCAUAUUACUAAUACUAUAGUAAAUUCAAUGUCUGGAACAACACAGAAUCUUGUUACUUCGCAAAUACGUUUAUCGCCGAUUGUAAAAACAUCUCAACCUCUUCAGAGAGGAAAUGUUCAACAAUUUUUAACUCCGGUACUAAAAAGUACAUCAAGUGUGCUUCCAAAGACUAACCAAAUUAUAAACAAUACAAGUGUAGCAACAGCUAUUCCUGCACAAUUUUUGAAGUCAGUACAAAUUCAUCCCCAAUUAAUUAAAACAAAAGCCACGAUUAGUAAGAAAACUGCUAUAGCAACUGGAAUGCCAAAAGCUACAGUUAAUUCAAGCGCACCGGUUGUGCUUCGUGCUGCAUCAAUCGUUAAAAGUCAAGAUUUGAAAACCGCGACGACAAGUUCUACAUCUAUUUUAAAACCAACUCAAAUUUCUUCAACACCAAUAUCUAUCUUGAAACCUCAAGCAAAAAUUGCAUUUAAUAAUUCAACCAAGCAAAAUGUAACUGUGACAACUCAAAAUGAUACUAACAUUUCAAACAACUCUGUAAAUGUUUCACCAAAAUCAUCUAUUGUCCAACAAACUGGUGUACUCGAAUCUGGUAAACCACUGCAGAAUGAGGCUAUUAAACAUAAACUUAAUCUCAUAGUAAAUGGCACAAAUCUUAAAAUGAAUAAAAAAAUUAAAACUACUCCAAUUAAAUCAACAGUACUAAGUGAAUCUUCGGACGCAUCUAAACCACUUGGAUCUAGUGAGAAUCCGAUACAAAUAGUACAACAAGGACAAACAUUUCAUAGUAUGCAACGUUUGACACCAACACAAUUGAAACAAAUAGCACAUGUGUUGCAACAACGCAGUCAAGAAGCAGCUGCUUCAAAUGAAAGGGUUGUAUAUAGAGUUGUAUUUCCUGAAGAACUGGAUUUGCGAAUUAGAAAUCCUAAUAACUUAUUAAAAAGCCGUGGUGGAAAAAGAGGCAGACCGAAAAAAAGUGCUGUUAGACCUUCUUCCUUGUUACCACCUAAGCCACCACCGAUUCCUGAUGAAGAACAAGAAGAAAUAAAAGAUGAAAGAAAAAAGGUUGUAGCCAGAACACGAUCUGGCAGACUUUCUCGGCCUCCAAGGCACAUGGUACGAGAUUACAAACAUUUACAUCAUUUAGAUUUCCUGCAACCUGAUUUAGACGAUUCAGACGGUGGUUACAGUGAUUAUAAUACUAAUAACGAUAAACUCGAAGAAGAAGAGUCUCCUAAGGAACUAUUAACAGGCUUAGAAGUACCAAAACGAAAAAUAUCAGAUCAUUUUAGAUGUCCUACGUGUAAUAAAAUAUAUUUAGGACGCACUCGUAUGGCGAGGCACUUUGAAAUGCAUCCUGAUCAUGGUAGUCCCGAACAACUACCUCCCCCAACGCCUGAACCUGAAUUAAAACAAAGCGGAGGACAAGAUCCUUUGAAACGUAAGGGAAAGAAGCGGGGCCCUUGGGCAUACGUUACACCGGAAGCUAAGUCAGAAAGACGUCAGAUAAAGUUAAGAGAAGCUAUUUCUGUAUGCGAAGAUCUUGAGAUAAUAAAGAUAGCAGCAAAGCCAGUACUUAAUGCACAAUCACUGUUUGAUCUGUUAGUACUAAAAUCAGAAAAUAAUGUAAGAAAUUUUUUGGAUGAAUUAAAGCAAUUAAUGGACAAAAUACGGGAAAAGGCUGGAACAAUGUUAACAAGUAUGAAUAGCGACGAAGAAUCAAAUAAGGAUUUGAUUGACAUCAGUGAAGAAUCUCUUUGUGAUGCUUUGGGUCUUAAUCCUGGUUUAUAUAAAAUUAAUAACGAAGCUCUGAAGAAGGUUGAGACUCCUAUUUGUAGUACAUAUGAUAGCCGGGAACCUCCGCACAAGUUACAGAAAAUAGACAAUUCUGAGGAUGGUAAAGAAAAUUUGGAAGAACGAAUGUCUAGUGGAUUUUCUGAAAGUUCAGAUCUCAGUGUCUCAGACUUUUUGACUGAUAGAAGAACCGAGGCUGUAACAAAUCCUACUUGCCCAGAGGUACUCUCUGCUUUAACUUUGAUGAGAAGAAAUCCCAGUCCUGUAAAUAGUACAGAGAAUAAUAAAUCUAACAACGUCUCGAAACUUUUAAUCUCAAAUCCAGAGAUUCAGAAUCAAAUAUCAGAUAAUCCCGGUUUUCAAAAGGUCGAUAUCAGUUCGUCAAAAAUUUCGAACUACCAAAAACCAGAAAUUCGUAAAGAAAGUUUUACGAAAUUAGGGAACAGUUUAGGAUCAACAGAUUUCUGUAAAGUUGAUGGUAAUUAUGAACAAUCUAAGUUAGAGCAUAUAGAGCAAACUUUCAUUAAAUUAGAACCGCCAGAACAGGGUUUUGUUAAGUUAGAAAAUGGUGCUAUGGAAACGUAUCCAAAACAAAAUGAUUUGAACAGUAUAGAAAAUAGCACUCAGAACUUGGCUAAAGGGUUUCAAAAGUUAGUCUCGAAAAUAAUUCCUAUGACUUCGUCGGAUAUGAAUUGCAUUAAAACUGUAUCAUCUGAUACAAGUUCUAAAGUAAUGCCUGCUACAUCUAGUUGCAAAAUUUCAGACAACCUAACUAUGCUUCAAGAUACGGUACCAAUAAUUUCCAAUAAUUGUGAUACUAAUAUAUUUGGUAGUUCAGAAAAUUUGGAUAUGUCAAAAAUAACUCAGUACGACCAUAUUGCACACUUAGAUAUUUUAAGUACAAGUGGAGUGAUAGACAAAAAUCUAUUAAUCGAUGAAAAAUUAGUUGAACAACUGCAUCUAGUAGAUCAAUCAAAUUUAGUCGAUGAAUUAGUAUCGGAACGACUAAAAAAUAUUAUGCCAGAUAAUAUAUUAGAAAAUAAUUUGAUACCAAAUAAUUCAAAUUUAGACGCGGAUCUUGAUUUCGAAGCGUUAAGCGAAGAAUUUAAUAGGAAUACCAGAAGUUGAUUCUUGGAUAAUUUCCAGCAAGAUGUUCCUAAAGAAAUUGAAUUAAUAUGUAUAGUGUAUAAUAAUGUUAAACUUAUUAUACAAUUGAAAUUGUAUAAUAUGUAUGCAUAUAAUUACACAAUGGUGUAGAUAUUUUUUUAUAGAAUUUCUGACAGUAUAACAAUAACACUGUAACUUCCAUAAUUGAACAGAGAAUAUCAAAUAUUAAAGUAAUAUAAUACAUUAUUCUCAUAUGUGUAUGUAAAUAAGACUGUUUCUGUUAUAUUUAUUGUGGAUAAUGUAUAUUUCGUAUUCAGAAAUGACAUUAAAAAAUUAUUCAUAGCAUAUAAAGAAACUUUACUAUGUUGUAUAUUUUUUCAGUGUAAACGAAUUUUUAUUAUUACACAUAAAUAUUUUUUUUUAUUUUUCGGUAAACGGUCUUUAUAAUCAUACACAUAAUGCAGUGAAUAUUUUCAGUUUAAGAUUAGUUUGUAAAAAGACUCGUAUGUAAUUGAAUCAAGAAGUAAGGAACUAAAUCUACUAGAAUGAUGAAUUGCAUAUUAUAAAACAUGCAUGCACUCAUUCAUAUAACUCCCACUCCCACAUUCAGACAUACGUGUAUAUAUAUAUAUUUUCUGUAAAUAUAAUUUUUUGUAGUUACUAGUUAUACAAUCAGAUGAAAAUAUAUUAUCAUAAUUUUUUUUAGUUACAGUACUAUUAAAAUGAUCAUGCACAAAUUAUUUUCUGAAUCAAUUUUAGCUUUCUGCACCUAUGAUUGCAACCUAUUAAUUUUUUAAUGAUAUUUAACAAUAUUUACUACUUUCAGUGACUAUGUAAAUUGAUAAAUAAAAUAAAUUAUAUUUAUACUGUAUUAAUAAUUUUAUUACGUUGAAAAGAUAAAAAAAUAAUAACAUUGAAAAUUACAAACAACUAUUAAUGAAUUACACUGAAUUGUCUAUAGCUUUCGUAUAAAAUAUUAUACAACUAAAAAUACUUUAAACAUCAAGAAAAUAAUUCCAUCCACAUUGUUAUAGCAUUUAUGUAUAGCAGAAAUGAUUAAUUUUGUAUCUAUCUGUAAAUAUGUAUUAUACAUAUAUAAAAAAUGUAUUGAUACAAUUAAAGGUUAAUGGUACUAGUAGUAUUAGAUUAAUGACAAACUAUAAUCAAUUGCAAUUUAUCAUAAACUACAUAAUUUUACAGACUUAGUUCCUUGUGUUGAAGAUACAUUAUCCAAUUUGUCUACAUUUGUAAACCAAUGUAUACCACAUUCAUACUACUUUUUUGUGAUCUCAGAUACCAAUUACAAAUAAAAUUUUCAAUUACAUACUUCUUUUUUUGUGAAAUUAUAUAAAUGGUGUUUGAAAAGCCACAAAUAAAUGAUCAUUCUGUUAA